AUUGGCUAUAUCUACAAAGAUUUUGGAUUUUCUCAUAAUGAUUAGAUUAUAUCUGUUCUUGUUUCCACCCUUCCGGUCCUUAUAGAUACAUUUUUUAAAUAUUGGACCUUUCAGUAUUUAAAUCGUGUAUCUCCAUCCCUUGUAAUUAUUUAUUGUUCAAUGAAAGAGAGUCACUGAUCAAAUUAGAAUGUUUCUUGCUUUGUGUAUAAGCAAAGAAAAACAAAAAACAAAAAAAUGGAUAGGGACUAGCGACCCGCCUAAUUUUAUUGUAGAAACCUUCGGGAUCAAUGAUUGGACCAUGCAAACUAAAAAUACCUUUUCCUGGAUAAAGCAAGAGAUUACUCGAUCCAUUUCCGUAUCGCUCGUGAUAUAUAUAAUAACAGGGACAUCUAUUUCAAACGCAUAUCCCAUUUUUGCGCAACAAGGUUAUGAAAAUCCACGAGAAGCAACGGGGCGUAUUUUGUUGGAAAUAAAGAAAUAAACAAUUAGAAAGGAAGAAGGAAUAUUAGAGAGAAAAUCAGACAAACGGACUAUUAAAGAUUUUUUAUUCUUCUCAUUUCUUCCCCUAUUCCCUCCAAAUACUAAGAAACCCUAUAUAAAUAGGGAGUAGAGUGGUAGGAGACUUACAAGAAAUAUAAGAGAGUUACGAUACAAGAUUUAAUUAUUAUACUAAAUAUGAAUAAAAUAUUAUAUAAAUGCUAGAAAAAAAAGAGUGUUACCGCAAUAUGAAAUGCGUGAAAUUAUAUAAGGUGUUAAUCACCAUUACAUGCAUGAGAAUAUAGAGUUAAAAUCACCAUCAUUUGAAUUCUGUGCUCUUCCGUGCACUGCUCCUUGGGUUGAGAGCAGUGGCAAUAGAUUUUCCUCCCUACGGUUUCUCUUCAGCAAGGGAGUUCCUUCACUUCUCCUUUCUUCUUACUCCUCUCUUCCUCCUCUUGAUCUCCUUCUUCAUCUUGUCAAUGUCUUGCUUUGGAAACUCCAACCCAAGGAACCACAAGGCAGUGGCAUAUUUGGGUUUUCUAGAGUUUAUAUCGGUUGAUUUUCAAAGGCUACAAUUGGAAUUGAUCUUGCCGAUGAAGUGGGUUUCUCCUAUUUAACGAGCAAGAACCUCUUUUUGGUGCAUCUCCUCGGAUGGGAUCUUGGCAGGGGUCAAAUUUGGUGAAACUAGUUCACACUAGUUCCCAAUUAGCUAUUGAUUGCAAAAGGAAAAGGAUGUUGUUGGUAAGGCUGGCUAUGGUUUGUGUGGGAAGCUUAAUAUUCAAGUUGGUAAAGAGGCUCUAGUUCCCUUAAUGGGUUUCGACAACAUGGGUUUGAAAGGGAUUGGCAAAGAUGGGAACCUAAUUGUGAGUAUAUGGAGGCGAUUGAGGGGCCUUGUACUUGUCUAGAGAAGGCCCAUACCUCUCUUGUAUGUUCUUCUUUAAGAGCAAGUAAGGCGGCAACUUGCGAGUUGGGGACUGUUUGUUGCCGAAAUCCCUUGCUCUCCCCAAGAAGCUGGUUAAAUAAAUGAGGAUGUCCAGUAGUUCUUAAUGCUCAUAAUGACUCCCCUUUCUAUAUUAGUAGCCUUAUUUAGCCUAUACAACGAUUAUAAUUUCAAUCUCUAGUUGCAUAUGGCUCUUUUUGCUUUAUUGUUUACAUCCGUUAUGGGCAUAGUUUAAAUUUGUUACUAGUACUAUAGGUCAUGCUUCUAAUUUUGUCUUUAGACUAUUUUGCUGUUAGCUAUAAUGCCAUGAGAUGGAAAUUAUUUCUUAUUACUUAAUAUAUUUCUCUUUUUUCGAUCAAAAAAAAAAUCACCAUCAUUUGAGUAUGUAAAUGCAUAAAAAUUUAAAGAGGUAAAAAAUGAGGAAAGUCAAACACAUCCACAAACUAAAUUAUUCAUAUUAUCUAUUUAGCUUCGCUCUUAUGAAAAAAUAAAUAGUUAUUUCCUAUAUUAGUCGAAUUGAUAAGGAUGUUUGAAUUAAUGUUAGGAAUGUAUAUCAAUUAAUAGUUAUCAAUUAC